UUCCUCCGCCGGCCGUCUCCCACAAAAAAAAAAAUUCGAACUUUCGAAAUAAAUUAUUCGAAACCCUUGGCCGAUUAAGCUGCUCAAUUCGAGUUCUAGGUGUAGAAUUGGUAUUUUGGGUUUUGAUAUUUUUUUAGUCAUGCCGAAGCAUAAAGAUGAAAAAUUUGUUUUUGAUGACGGCAAAGACGAGGAAGAGAGAGAUGAAGACGAUGAUGAGGCUAAUGAAGAUCUUAGCUUGAAGAUAUUAGAGAAGGCUUUAUCGAGGCGUGAUGUUGGGAACAAGGUUGAUUUGGAUCUCUCUGAUUCUGGUGUAGUUAGUACUGUUAUGGUUAAUGGAGGAACGUCUAAGGUUAAAAGGGACUCUGAGAGUAGUAAGAAGAAGAAGAAGGUGAAGAGAAAUAAGUUAGAAGCUGCUAACGAAAUUCCUAUUGUUUGGAAAGACCAAGAUGAGGAGGAGAAGAAGGUGGUGGAGGAUGUAGUAAAAGGUGAAGGUGAAGAUGAUGAGGUUGAGAGAUCUGCUGAACCAAAAGAUGGAGAACCAUCUAGCAAUUUGGUUUUGAAAAAGCUUCUUCGUGGAGCAAGAUACUUUGAUCCUCCUGAUGCAGGUUGGAUGAGUUGUUAUAGUUGUGGGGAGCAAGGUCAUAUAACUGUCAAUUGUCCAACUCCUACCAAGCGUAGGAAGCCUUGCUUUAUAUGUGGGAGUUUGGAACAUGGUGCAAGGCAAUGUUCAAAGGGACAUGAUUGUUACAUAUGCAAAAAAAGUGGACACCGAGCUAAAGAUUGUCCGAAUAAGUACAAAAGCGGGUCUAAAGGAGCUCUAUGUUUAAGAUGUGGAGACUUUGGACAUGACAUGAUUUUGUGCACGUAUGACUACUCUGAGGAAGAUUUGAAGGAUAUACAAUGCUAUGUCUGUAAAAACUUUGGCCAUCUUUGUUGUGUCGAACCUGGUAAUUCACCGUCAUGGGCUGUAUCUUGCUACAGAUGUGGUCAACUGAGUCAUACUGGACUGGCAUGUGGUAGACACUAUGAUGAAAGCAACGAAAAUGAUUCUGUCAGUCCAUCAUGCUUUAAGUGUGGGGGAGAAGGGCAUUUGAAGCGCGACUGCCCUAACUCUUCCAGUGUAAGCUUUUCACAGAGAAGAGAUUCACCAAGUGUAUGCUUCAAUUGUGAUAGAGUAGGACAUUUCGCUCGUGAAUGCCCCCAGUCCUCCCAGAGGGACCGUGAUAUAUCUACACCGUCGCGUAAAUCUCGCAAGAAAAAUGAAGAGAACUCGGAACGCAAAUCGACUCCCUAUGAAUCCAAUGGGAAGACUAAGAAGCAUAAAAAGUCGCAUAAAGAAGAACAGCCUCAGACUUCACCACGGAAACGAAAACACAGAGGCGGUUGGACCGCAGAGGAACCAGAAGAAGAACCUUUCCAAAGAGGAAAGAUGAGUAGGCCAAAGUCUCCCAUUACACCAUCGGGAUAUAACCUUAGGCCAUCCAGUAGACAUAGAGGUAAUGACUAUAGAUCUCCAAGAUUCAGUUCUGGUGGGCAUCGCUCGGGUCCUUCACCAUCAAGGUGGCAGCCUCAUCAGAAUCACAGUUAUGAACCUGCACCAUCAAGGCAUGGCAGAGCUCACUACAAUGGAGAGUAUGCAUGGAGCUAUGAACGGUAGUAGUAUCAGUUGAUAUGGUCAAGGUCAAAGCUGGACACAGUCUAGCUUGGAAUCUAUUAUGCUUGAUGGUGUUUGCUGGGAUUGAUGGUAGCUUCCGUAGACCUCUUGUAUUUGAUUCGGGCUUAGGGGCAGCUUCUUGUUAUUUUCUUCUCUUCUCUUCUCUUACACAGGUAGUUUGUUCAAUCCUCAUUUCCCCUUUACUCAAUUCCUCAGAAUUUUCCUUCGUUAUGUCUGUUCUUUAAUUUAACAUUUGAAGAGAAUUUUGUAUUUGUCAAGCAUAAUUGCUACAUCAUUUAUAAUUUAUAAUUUUGAUUUGACU